AUGGUCCUUGUAAGCGAGGAAUGUGCUAAUAUUUUAUGCUGCACUGUCAAAUCACUUAGAUGUCAUCUUAACCACCCAGAAAAUAGAAAUUUAGUUUUGAAAAAGCUUCAAGGUCGUAAGGUUGAAACAACAUACACGGACAAAAAUGGAAUGAAAAAAAGUUUUAUAAUUGGUGGCUUAUCAAAGGAGGGGGCAAACGUUAUACCAGCAUAUGGAAAACUUGCAAAACCUUUCAACAUUUCUGUCACAGCACAUUUUUAUGCAAGACAUCGAAUACGACUUUUAAAUCCUUAUCUUCAUUGUAUUAUCGAACAAUUUCAAAACAAAAAAGGAUCAUUUCAAGAAAAUCGAUAUUACCCGUUGGAAUUGCUUGAACUUGUCAAAGAGGAUGGGAAAGAAGAAAAAUUUACCAUUUUCGGCGAAAACUUAAAAAUUACAUCUGAAAACACGAAAUCGUCUAAAAAUAAAUUAAUAAUUGUGGAGGACGAGGAAGAAGAAAAUUUUGAUGAAGAUAUGUUGAAACCAAGUUAUUAUUGUAACGGAUGGUGAUUUAAAAAACAUUACAUAAUUUCAAAUAUUUAUUACAAAUUUAUUUAUUACAAAUAUUAAAUGAAAGUAAAUAAAAUUAAACAAGAUAAAAAAUAACAACAGAUAUAAUUAAAUAUGACCAAAAUUUAAUACAGAAAAAUCGGAGGGUCUGAUUAUCCCUUUCCCAACAAAUGGUCUAGAUAUUUUAUGGCGGGAUAGUGUGGAUACAUUUAAAUUUUUAAUUGAGGGACAUAAAAAUGAGGGGUACAUUAUUUUAAUUGGUUCAUUAUUUCCUGUUUUUGCGUAUUUGAUGACUUGUCUUUUGAACGUUUCAUAUCUUAAUCCUUGAUUGUUGAUGACAUCGUGAUUUAAAGUUAUUCCUCUUACUUUUAA